AUGGACAGUCCGCCAGCCAUUUGGAAAGUUUCCGCCAAACAGUUGGCUAAAUCUCUCCCUCUCGCAAUCGCUCAUUUAUCUCUUUCACGGCAGUUAAACACAAUAUCUAAGGUAGACUACCCGCAAGAGGUAAUGUUGGACCAGAGGCCCAUGCUCCCUCAAGAGCUGAUGGAAGCCCUCUACGCCAAGCUCUAUGACAAAUACACCAAACUCAAGAAGAUGCUCUCAUUUCAACAAGAAAAAUUCCUAAACUUAGUUUCAGGGGACAAGAUAUCGAUGGUCACUUGUAGGUUGGUGAAUCUUCUCUCCUUGUCAAAUAAGGUUCGGCAAGGCUGCAACAAUAUUGGAGCAGCGAGUUUUCAUAACUCGUUGGGGACAACAUCCCAAGCACUCCACUGAGUUUUAAAGAUCCAAAGCACAAGGUUGACGGCUUCUUGUAGGAUAUGCAAUAAGUUUUCAGUUUUGGACUUUUGUUAUGUCUUGUUUUCACUUUUCAGAUUUAAGCAGUUGUUUGUUUGUAUGAUACUUGACAAAUUUUAUUAUGUUUUGAAAAUAUAAUUUUUUUAGUAA